GAGCGGCAUCGAGGCCAUCGGGAAGUGUUUCUGGAUAAUGACAUCAGCGACGACCUGGAAGCGGAAGCGGGAAGAAAAGAAGAAGAACAACAGUCCAGCGGUGUUAUGGAGGAGCCGCAGCGUCGGCGGAAGCGGAGCCCGCGCGGAAGCCACUCGCCGCCGCCGGGGAACUCGGGGGCCGGCAGGUCACAGUCAAAAAGAAAAAACAAGUCCUCAAACAAAAAAAGCAAAUCUCCCCGAGAGAAAAGAAGCCGAAGUCCACAUCAUGUGAUACCUAAAGUAAAGCAGGAGCGAGACGAACGCUCCCAGAGGGGGCAUGAGGAGCGUCCACACCGAGACCACUCUGAGCCAGGCCACAAGCGGGAAAGAAGCAAUGACCGAGACAGACAUCGGGACCAUUCUGGCCGAAGGAAGCCCCACCGGGAUCAGCCUGGGGGUCAUGAAAGGGAGAGGGACGGUCAUCGCUUCCAGGUUCAGCAGGCACAGAGGGAAUUAUAUAAUGAGCAACGGCGUGAGCGCCGGGAGCAAGCAGAAGCCAGCGGUGAUGAGGAGAAUCCAGGGGCAGAGGGGUCACACAGCACAGACAAAGAGCCAGGGAAUAAAGAGAAACCAAGCUUUGAACUGUCUGGGGCACUUCUGGAGGAUUCCAAUACGUUCCGUGGUGUUGUGAUCAAAUACAGCGAGCCCCCGGAAGCACGGAUUCCCAAGAAGCGGUGGCGUUUGUAUCCUUUCAAGAACGAUGAGGUUCUCCCAGUUAUGUACAUUCACAGGCAGAGUGCCUACCUGCUGGGCAGGCACCGACGCAUUGCUGAUAUCCCUAUUGACCACCCCUCCUGCUCCAAACAACAUGCUGUCUUUCAGUACCGGCUUGUGGAAUACACCCGCCCUGAUGGCACAGUGGGCCGGAAGGUAAAACCCUACAUUAUUGACCUUGGCUCAGGCAAUGGCACAUUUCUGAACAACCAGCGCAUUGAGCCUCAGCGCUACUACGAACUGAAAGAGAAGGAUGUCCUGAAAUUUGGGUUCAGUAGCAGGGAGUACGUUCUGCUCCAUGAGUCAUCAGAUACCUCAGAGGUGGACCAGAAGGCAGAGGAGGAGGAGGAGGAGGAAGAGGAGGAAGAAUCCACCUGACAGCCCAUCAGGGGGUGGACUUAACCUUUCUCUGCAGCUGAGCCUCAGAUCCUUUGUGUAGACUGAAGCAUUGCUGCCCCGAUGCCUCUCACUGCCUUAAAAUCUGCUGCCUUUGGCUAGUCAUAUUAUUUUGUGAGCUUCUCACACACUCAGUUGGUUAUGGGGACUGAAGUAGAGCCAACUGUUGCUUUUCAAAUGGUUUGGGUUAAUCAGAAGGUGCUAGGAAAGUGAGGUCACUUUUGAUGCCCAGCUGACAUCGCAGCUGUGUUGCUGGAGUUUCUCAAUGUAUCUUUAAAUUUAAGACUCUGAAACAAGAAACCACCCUGUACAAAAAUUGCCUUUUCCAAACAUACAGGUUAUUUUGCUUCUCCCCACCCCUUUAUUUUUUGCUUGCACACUGUUUUUU